UCCCCCCCAGGGCACGUGUGCGGCGCGGCUUGGCCAGCGCAGGCGACCGAGGGCUGCAAUCGCCGCUGGGGAGGCGUGGAGAUGCGGCUCUCGCCGCCGCGCAUCUGACUCGCGAGAAGGCCAAGGAGUGACUCGGCCAGCCAGGUGACAUCCUUAUCUAAGUAAGAAGAUUCCAGUUCUCUGACCUAGCCAACAUAUGUCAUGGUGGUGCAAGAAAGAAGUACCCACUCCUCCAAAGGGAACAAUCAGGUGGAUCACCUGUCCAGAUAGUUGCUCAACAGAAGUGCUCAAUAUGAACACUGCAGAUAAUGGAGCUGGUGGCCUUUGUGCAAUAUGUGGAGACAGAGCGACAGGCAAGCAUUAUGGCGCUUCCAGUUGUGAUGGGUGCAAGGGGUUCUUCCGACGCAGCAUACGCAAGAAUCAUGUUUACACCUGCAGAUUUAGCCGGCAAUGUAUUGUUGAUAAGGACAAGAGAAAUCAAUGCCGAUACUGUCGUUUGAAAAAGUGUUUCCGUGCUGGGAUGAAGAAGGAAGCUGUCCAAAAUGAACGGGACAGGAUAAGUACAAGACGGAGCACGUCUGAUGGCAGUAACAGCCCUUCUAUUAACACGUUGUCACAGGCUGAAGUGCUUUCUCGUCAGAUGCCUGCUUCAAGCCCCAGUGCUGGCACGGAUAUUAAUGUUAAGAGAAUUGCCAGUAUUAGUGAUGUUUGUGAAUCAAUGAAGCAACAACUCUUGGUCCUUGUAGAGUGGGCAAAAUAUAUUCCAGCUUUCUGUGAAUUACGACUGGAUGAUCAGGUUGCUCUGCUGAGAGCACAUGCUGGAGAACACCUGUUGCUGGGAGCAGCAAAGCGCUCCAUGGUUUACAAGGACAUUAUUCUUUUAGGCAACAAUUUUGUCAUCCAUCGCAACAGUUCCGAAAUUGAGAUCAGCAGAGUAGCAAACCGGAUUCUGGAUGAGAUUAUACGACCAUUUCAAGAAAUUCAGAUUGAUGACAAUGAAUAUGCUUGCCUGAAAGCCAUUGUUUUCUUUGAUCCAGAUGCAAAAGGACUGAGCAACCCAGGGAAGAUCAGGAACAUGAGAUUUCAAGUCCAGAUCAGUUUGGAAGAUUACAUCAAUGACCGCCAGUAUGACUCCAGGGGACGGUUUGGGGAGCUGCUACUGCUUCUGCCUACUCUCCAGAGUAUUACCUGGCAAAUGAUUGAGCAGAUACAGUUUGUGAAGCUGUUUGGAAUGGUUAAAAUUGACAGUUUACUUCAGGAAAUGUUAUUAGGAGGUACAUCCAAUGAUGCUACAAAUCUUCAUCCAGUUCAUCCUCAUCUAGCCCAAGAUCCACUCACUGGGCAAACUCUGCUUAUAAGUUCGGUGUCUGCUCCUAUACAUACAGAACAGAUUUCAACACCUGAAACUCCACUUCCUUCCCCUCCUCAAGGCUCUAGCCAGGAAUACAAGAUGCCUACAAACCAAGUUACAGUUAUUUCUCAGCAAUCUCUUCCAAAACAAAAGCCAUUGUGAUAUUGAUCAAUACUUCUUUUUGUGGCACAAGCACUGUAUUAAAACAUCAUGACACUGGAUGCUGAAAAAAACUCAGGAUAGAUAUUUUAGACCUGCUAUUAAAGAGACAAAUACUGUUCCAUUUGGAGAUGGGUUUUUUAUCAUCUUUGCUAGCAUUUUUUUAAAGCUUGAAUUCAUAUGUAAUUUGUGGACACUAGAACGUGACUGAAAAAAGAAAUCUGUUUAUUGUUUGCAAUGCCUUUGAAUCAUAAUUGAAGAGGUUUAAUUUAUUGUCCUUUUAUACAUAUGUCAUCUUCCAAAGUUUUGAAGCAUGUAAUCCUAGCAGAAUGCAAAGCCUGAUUUUAAUAAAAUUGCUGACUGAAAUUUAGAAAUAAUGAAACAGCAGAAGCCAGCAGUUUUAACAGUUAAUCAAAGCAAGUGUCUCAUUUUCUUGAAUAUACAGUAGAGGUUGGAAGCCAAAAUACUUCCUGCCAGCAUCUGGUAUGACACAUGUGCUCAUCUAAUACAUUGUCCGAACACAUGUAUGUGAGCCAAGCUCCACUAAUUUCAAUGGCUUUAAUAAUGUCACUGCAUUUACUUCUUAAAGGGCUCCUUCUGGAGAUUCAAAAGCCUGGGAAAAGUAGGGGGAAAUGUAUUCCUUUUCUGAAGUUUGAAACUGAAAUGAGAAUUUUAGGAAAAUUUGGGGUGGGGGGAAUCUGGUGAAAUGUGUUCUCGCUCAGUAUUAGUGAUUUUUAAAAAGUACUUAGAAGUAUUUUUAAUUUGAUUUCUAUCUUCUCUUUCCUGGAAGGAGGUCAGGGCACUAUAUAGAGUUUUUGGCUUUCUGGUGUGUUUUCACCACAACCCUAUGAAGUUGAUAAGGCUCAACAUGUAUGGUUUAUGGGUCCGGUAGACACAAAGAAGAAUAUAUCCAUUAGGCAGAGAUUGACUUAUCUAAGAUCACCCAGUGAGCUUUAAACUCAGGUUUCUCCAGCUCUAUCAACACUUUACCCCAUAUACCACAUUGGUUCUCACAAUGUAACAUUGUUAUGAUCAAUGUAUUUCUCUGUAGAUCUCUUAGUUUUAAGAUUCAAUGGCAUUAUGAUAGCAUGGCUACUGAUCUCUUUUUAAUGGAUUAUCAAACAAAUUACAUUCUUAAGCCUUAAUGUUUUAAAAGUACUUUCAAAUGAAGUACAAAACAAAAUCUACAAAAAUUUCAUAUAGGAGUCUGUCAAGAACAUCAAGUUCCAGCAGUACAGUGGCAAGGCCGUUUAUUAAGACAGCUUUUCACCUCUUGUUUCUCAGUGCCUUGGAUUCCUCCAUGUCUGCAUCAAGAGAAAUGAAGUGUUUAAUGUUGAACAACAUUGUCUCAGACCAUCAAAUGGCGAGCCAACAUGUGAAAAAGUAGAAUGGUUUGUCUCAGCAUACCCCUUCCUAAUGAAGGCAUGAGGCAACAUGGUUUAACUGAUUUGUUUAAAUGGUUGAUCUAUGUCAUCAGCACUCAGAUUGUACUGCAGAGGUCCCCAAACUUUUUGAGACUGUGGAUGCAUUUGGAUUUUUGACCCAGCAUGAUGUGCAUAGCUACAAAAUGGCUGCCACAAAUGGCUGCUGCAAGAGGUGGAAUCAGCCACAAAAUGGCUGCCACAGCUUACCUUCAGUCAUGCAGUGAUGAUCCUUGUGCCAUGGAAACAGCUUCUGCCAAAGCAAUAUUUUAAAAAAUCUGUACAACCAAUCAAAUUUCCAUGGCCAUUCAGUAACCAUGCUUGGCAGAAGUCCCACUUAGUCCCACCCACUUUCUAAAAACACUUGGCAGGCACUAGGAAAGGUGUUGGUGAGUGCAAUAGUGCCCAUGGGCACAAUGAUGAGAACCUGUGGUGUACCAUCCAUACAAUGAAUUACAGCCUUUCGAUCAUGAUGUCCCUGGGUUCUUGCUGAUUCACCAUACCUAUAUUAACCCAACCUAUUCAUGCCAUUCCUUGUCACAGCCUAACAUGUUCAAGGACCAGGUCUAUUUACAAUUCCUUAAGAACAAUAUGAAGCCAGUGAAAAACAUACCCUCCACCACCGCCUUCUACUACUGACAGGCUUCAAGGCUGGCAAUUCUGUUGUGGUUGCCUAGCAAUGGCCACUGAGUACAUUCCUUCCUUAAAGUGUAAGUGCUGCUAUUAUUUUGAAGGGUUUUAACCCUCCACCACGUGAUUUUUUUAAAUAUUUCAGAUUUUUCUGCAAAAGUGGGGCUUUGUAAAAACAUCUGUUCAUUGCCCCAAAAUCUGAAAUUAAGUAUCCACAGAUUUAACAAUGUUGACAAUUAGAUAUAUUGAUGAACUCAGGAAGGGAGUGACAUCAGUAGCUCAAUCCUAUGCAUGUUUACUCAGAAGCAAAUUCCAGUGACACUGGAGAAACUUCAACCCAGCUAAAUAUUCAUAGGAUUGCACUUUACUGAUGUAUAUUAUUGGUAUGCCAUUAAAAUUCAGUCAUAUUUUCAAGUCUAACAAUAUAGUCCAAUUGCCAUUCCUUAUUUAUAUUAUAAGGAAGCGCUUUUAAAAAUAUUUACCUCUGAAAAAUACAACUUUCGUUUGUUUCUGCAUGAUGCUGCUGAGGUUUUCUUAUUGUUUUCAAGCCCAGAUAAUAAAUCCUUCUUUGUUUACUGCAAUGUUAAUAGUUUCUAUUUUCAACAUUUAUGUUUGUUUCCUAAGUGGUAGAACUUAAGGUAUACCUUACAGUGCAAUCCUAUGCAGAGUUACUUCUGUCCACUGGAUUACUCUUCUAAGUAUUGCACUGAUUGUGAGCAAUAGUUUGGAACACUAUCUCUAAUGUUCAGUCUAGUUGUAAUUAUUGUUUUAAUAAAAUGAAGGCAUGUAUAUUUAAAAUUUUCAUAUCAAACAAUGUUUAUGAGUUAAGUUAUACAUUCUAUGUUUAUAUUUUUAAAGUAAGUUUAGCCUUGAUAAGAAAGUAAGUACUGCCUACCUUUCGAUUAUCCCCUGAAGUUUUUCUGAAUCACAGCUUCAGAACUUACGGAAAUUUUACAUUUCUAAUCUGUCUUGUUGCCACAAUAUGGUUUAUUCCUCUGUUGUCUGAUAAAUCCGAUGCUAGCAUAGCAGCUCGGUAAGGAGGUAGUAUGCUUGAAGUUUUGAUGCUUAAGACUAUGCCAUUCUGAGAGGAACAACAGAAUGAUUUACAGACUGCCAAAAGUGCAAUCCUAAGCAGAGUUAUAUCCUUCCAAGCCCAUUGAAGUCAAUACACUUAGAAGGGUCUAACUCUGCUUAGGAUGCACUGGAACUACACAAUCUUAUGUCUGCUUACUCAGAAGUAAUUCCACUGUGUUCAAUGGGACUUGCAUGCAUACAGGAUUGCAGUCUCUGAAGUGAAAUGCCUUAUUUUUUUCUAAUUCUGAAUAUUGUUAUCUAUUUUAUAUAGUACUUGCCAUUGUUAAAUAAUAAGUAUAUUGUAAUUUAUUGAAAAUCAGAUUUAUUUUGAAAGUGUGAAAUUAUUUUUGUAAGCCUAAUUGUGCAAAAUCAAAGUGACUGGCUUUGUGAACAUGGUUGAUUAUACUGAACUGUCCAACCUCUGAUGUCAUGUAUGACUGUAGACUGAGUUACCAUGAAAUGGUUGCUGCAAAAGUUUUCAGAUUGACUGCUUUUCAUCAAUGCUCAAUAAACAGAUAUUGAAAACAUA